UUCCUUCUCCUAUUCCACUAUAACACAUGUAGCUCCAUAAUAAUAAAGGAGAGAACUGAUAUCUUAGGCGUGUUUCGCUGUGUGCAGUGAACACAGAAAAAACAAUUAAAUGAACUUUUUCACUCUUCAAAACCCCAACCACUCCACACAAAUCCCCAAACCAAACUGAUGUACGCAACCGACGACAGUUCCCGGAGCUCCGGCACCGAUUCAGGAUCCACCGCCGAUAAUUCUUCUCACUGGACAGCUGAAACAAUCAACGGCGGAUCUCUUCGCCACGUCGAUCUCAACACCGGAACAAACGGCUGGGCUUCACCUCCCGGCGAUGUCUUCAACCUCCGCUCUCAGAGCUACUUCACAAAACGACAAAAAUCUCCCGCAGGUGAAUAUCUCCUCUCUCCAGCCGGCAUGGACUGGCUCAAAUCGUCAACGAAACUCGACAACGUGUUGAAUCGCUCCGAUAAUCGAAUCUCCAACGCGCUCAAGAGAGCGCAAUCCAACGGUAAGUCGUUGAAGAGUUUCAUCUUCGCCGUGAAUCUCCAGAUUCCAGGUAAGGAGCACCACAGCGCGGUGUUCUACUACGCGACGGAAGAUCCGGUUCAAUCCGGUUCGUUGCUCGGCCGGUUCAUCGAAGGAGACGACUCCUUUCGAAAUCAGCGGUUCAAGUUAGUGAACCGGAUCGUGAAAGGACCGUGGAUAGUGAAAAAGGCUGUAGGUAACUACAGCGCGUGUUUGUUAGGGAAAGCGCUGACGUGUCAUUAUCAUAGAGGACCUAACUACUUAGAGAUUGACGUUGAUAUCGGAAGUAGUGCAAUAGCGAAUGCUAUCCUGCGACUUGCGUUGGGAUAUGUGACGAGUGUUACGAUUGAUAUGGGAUUUGUUGUGGAGGCGCAGACGGAGGAGGAGUUGCCGGAGAAGUUGAUCGGGGCGGUUAGGGUUUGUCAAAUGGAAAUGUCUUCUGCUUGUACUAUUGUGGAUACGCCAAGGAUAGGGAUUGCUAAGGUCAAUCAUCACGGUGCUUCUGACUCAAGUGAAAGUGAAAAUUAAAAAUCAUUUUUAUUUUUUUGUGUCUGAAUAGGGAGUAGUAGUAAUAAAUAAAUAUUUGAGUUUCCUUGAAAUUAUUUACUUGUACUUUUUGUUUUUCUAAUUUGACAAUUCGAUGAUGUACUGUGUAUUUAGAAUUUUAGAUAUUGUAUUAUUAUUAAGGGUAUUGUUUUUUGUUUUUGUGUA